AUGGAUAUCUACUACGAAUCUGAUGAUAUUGAAACUUGUUGCUCUAGUUACAUUUUUCCAACUAGAGAAUUAGAUUGUUAUAAUUUAGAAAAAAGAGUUGAAAUGAAUCCGAAAUCUUGUCCUAAUGCUGGAAUUGGAUAUAGGCCAUACCACUUCGUUUUAAAAAUUUCUAAAAGGGGGCAUAGUAAUAUUUCAUACGAGCAUCGUGAUCUUUUUGAAGUUCUUUGUGGGAUAUGUGAAUUUCUUAUCCUUUCAGACGUAGAAAUUGUGCUAUGGGCUAUUUAUUUAGAGCGCUUUGCCUGGCAAGAGUUUCUACAAAGCUCAAAGAAUGCUUUGCUAUUUGCAGCUUAUGCUUCUAAGUGCAUGCUGAACGAAAAUACAAAGGAGUUUUUCGAUAGACUUCAGCAGCGCUCUGACUCAUUUUCUCAGGAUUAUAAAGUAUGAAUAGGUGCCCAUCAGAACAUUAUCAAUGUAGAUUAUUUUGAAAUGAACUCAAUAUAACGAUGACCCCCCCUCAAUCUUCAUGUCUAUUGCAACAAAAAUGCAAUUUUUUUAAUAUAAAAUUUUAUAUAAAAAAAAUAAUAAUUUUCAUGUCUCUUGCAACAAAUUAUAUAUAAAAAAAAUAAUAAUUUUUCAUGUCUCUUGCAACAAAUUAUAUAUAUUAAAAUGGCGACACGUGUCAGCCUGCCCUCUUGGCGCAGCAUUCCAGAUCUUAUGGCUAAUGCGAACUGGGACGGACCCCGAGCGAGAAUCAGACGCAGACUCAAGAAGUGUAUAUCCGGGCAGGUUUUGGCUGCUUUCCUGUGGUUGGAAAUAGAUUAGCUCAACAACGUCCUUUUGAUCCGAGGACCCAUGGGCAUUCCUCUACCGAGAAACUGGGGUUUUUGCUCAGGCCACAGGGGAACAGUCUUUUUUCGUGUAGCUGUAGAAGGAAGGUACUUUGACACCCGAUAGACUCUAAGGAGCUGAUCCUUGGAAUCAAGCUACUCCAAUUGCCCGUAGCAGGGACGCAGAAAUCCAUAAGCCGCCCACUCAAGACUGAAGCCGCAAGGCAAGGAGGAGACUGAAGUACCGGAAGGGCAGUUGUAAGAGGAAUAGACCCUCUGGGCUGGAAUCGAAAAGCGGUAGAACCAUCUGCACGGGAGGUCUUUGGUGACUGUGUCACCAAUAUGGCUAGCGCCUGUCUGUAAUAAUCCUCUUGCAGCAAAUUUUAGAUGUGCAUCUUAAAUUUUUCUGUACUUUUAGCUAGAUAAGUUUAAUAAAAUGGCGAGCAAUAACAAUAGCCGUCCAAAUCUCGAUGAGAAGUCAUUGACACGCCUACAGCAGCGCUGUUUUAUGGGGUUUUUGAGAAACUCACCUAGAGAAAAAUGCAUUAAUUUUUUUUUAUAAAAAUGUCGUGUUGCAGUAGGCAUGAAAAUUUUUUCGAAAAAUUUUUGUUGCAGUAGACAUGAAGAUUGAGGGGGGGUCAUCGUUACAAUGAACUAAACAACUCAGAUAUAGAGAUGAAAGAUUAGUUAGAUUAGUUAAAAUUAUAGCGGGUCAUCGGGGUUUAUUUCAGCUCCUCUCCGUCCAAUGGAUAGCUUCGCGUUGACGCUAAGCGCUAUCCUCACACCACCUUUUUGCUUCUGACGUCACCAAAAAUGGUGACGUCGAAGGUCUAACGGGGAAACACCCUUAGCAAUCGGCAUCGCCUUUCUUGGUCCCAAAAUUCAGCAAAAGACUCCCUUAACCUCUGAUAGGGCUUAAGAGUAUAGGUGAAUUGUUUCUGGCCUCCUCCAUGGCCUGUCAGAGCCUUAUUGCAGGCUCGAAAAUUGCUCCCAUGGAGUAGUAUUGGGAUUUUGCUCCGGUAGGGACUCUGCAGGUAAGGAAAAGGAUCUAUGGUCAGCUCCUAGACCAAAAACCCAUCCGGAGAACUAUCACCAUGUGGCUCGCCUUUCCUGCGCCCAGAUCUACUCACAGGUUACCAGGAGUCCACGUCAGAUCACGCCAUUUUAAUAUUUCUAGAGAUGAAAGAAGAAUCAAAGGUGGAUUACAAUGAUAUUGUAAGUGAAUUGAUUGAAAGUACUAUGGAAACGCAUAGAAAAAGAUUAGGAUCAGAUGAUAGCUAUACUGAAAAGAAAAGAAGUUAUUAG